ACGGCAGGUUUGCAAUUGGUUCUAAGCGUUGCGUCUCAUUCCCCUUCAAAGCCAAUGGUGAAUUGGGAGCGCUGUUUAAAUUCGCAGCAGCAGCUUCAUCUUGGAAUCCGUUUGGGAGUUACCCUACGGCAGGGCCAUCGUGUGCUGGUUGUUCAAGAACAAAUACAAUCAGUUCGCUCAACUCCAUAAGGAGGUAACUUCCUACAAAGCUGGAGAACCCUGCUCAGAAAGCUCUCAAAGUGCCACCAGGCACAAAAAGUCAUUUGAAUCCCUUACAACAAGUGGUACUAAAAGAUAUCAGCAAUGCCCCUAAAGUAAGUGGAGAGUUGCCCACAGGCCCAUGCAAAAGGCGACUGAGUGAUUCAGAUGGCUUCAGGUCCUCCUUGUCCUUGAAGCCCACAUUCAAAAGGGGACGUCUGUCACAGGUAUCCAAUAACUGCAGGGACAGUGGGUGGAAAGAGCCAAUGAUGAUGAUGAAUCCAUGCUCCAAGGAGGCUGGUGGCUUCAGGGAUGGGCCUUUUAUAAUAGAUGAAGAAAAACAAAUGACUGGCAUCGGUAAAUUGAGAAGAAUCCAGAAGGGAGAAGUAGAGAGCAAAAACACUAAUAAGGAUCCAAACUCCCCCAGAAUGAAGAAAAACAUUCUUGGUAACCAAUCAGCAGAUUCUGCUGUACCCUCCAUCUUAGAUGAGGCAUUUCCAAAAAUCAGAGACUCUUACGAAAUAUCUGAAGGUGGUUCCAUAACCGGAAACAAAUUUUUCAGCACUCCUUUGCCAUCUGGCACUAAAGCCAAAAAAAAGCUUACGCCUGUAUUGGAAGUGGACAUCGAGUCCAAUGAUGAUUGGAGCAUUCUUGAUAAUAAAGCUACGCCAAAUUUACGCAGUAAGAAUACUUGCAGCAUUGUUGCUCAGGAAGGUGAUACAGUGGAAUCUGCAUGGGAAAGUUUUUUCACUGCCGAAUGUCAAGAAAUCGCUGAUAAGCUAGAAGGCAAAGAAACAGAAGGAAGAUGUUCAGGAAAGCGAAAGGUAGAUGAGUUGGAUGUGUCCACCAUAGAUGCAGAACCACCCCCCUAUGAAUGCACCCCUAUGAAGUCCAUGCUGGCAUGUGAAGUGGCAAAUAUACUAAGAUCUUUAGACAACAGUCCUGCCAAUGAGGGGCCUUCUAUGCUUGGUGAUAGUCUUCUUGACCUUGAAAAGUUGGACCUGCAGCUGAUUGACUUUAAUUCAAAAGACAAGGGCAAGCUUUCUGGCAAGAUCCAAGCUUUGAAUAGUUCAAUUGAGGGAAUAUUUGUUUUAGGUGAAGGCACAGAUGGUGCGGGCAGCAGCAAAAAGCAAAAAAUGGAUUCAAUGAAGGAAAACCAGAGUAUUGCCAAUAACCUCAGCUACAGUAGUCCGUCUUUGCAGGCCCAUGGGCAGUCAGGAUCUAAAGGUGUGGGUAACAGAACAAGAUUAAAUGUGCCCCUGGAAAUAAACAAAGUUGAGCGAAUUAUGAACUUAAUUAAUGAAGCAAAGAUGAACAAAGGACCACCAGAGGGGUCAGAGAGUUUCCAUUCAGAGCCUUUUAAGGGACCUGCUUCUUCAGUGCUGUCCCCUAAGAAAAGUGAGGCUGUUUUCACUUUGCCUACCAACACAACCGUGGACAUGGAAAUAACAAAUGAAGCAAUUGCUGUCAACACAACUCAGGUUAUUGAAAGUGUUAGCAAAUUAUCUACCAAUACAACACAAGAAUUUUCUUCAAUCAGUAAGGUUCCAGAUGACAAUACUACACAAGAUCUUUUCCCGGUUUAUAAGGUUCCUGGUGCCAACACAACCCAACUGAUUGAAUCUGUACCUCUAGCCCCCACUGAUGCAACACAGGACAUUAUUGUUGAGCAUGAUGAGGUCCUGAAUGUAAAUGCUACUCAGGACAUUGAGACUUUGCAAAAAAUCUCUGCUGACACAACACAUAAGGUUCCUGGUGCCAACACAACCCAACUGAUUGAAUCUGUUCCUCUAGCCCCCACUGAUGCAACACAGGACAUUAUUGUUGAGCAUGAUGAGGUCUUAAAUGUAAAUGCUACUCAGGACAUUGAGACUUUGCAAAAAAUCUCUGCUAACACAACACAGGACAUUGUGCUUGAAGAGGGUGCCAGAGUCAACACUACUCAGGUGAUUGAAACUGGUCUCCAAGCUUCUGCCAACACUACACAGGACAUUCUGCAUGAUGAGGUCAAUGUUGCGAACACCACUCACGUUAUUGAAGCUCCAUUUAAAUCUUCUCCACAGGCAAUUCUAACCGUGAUUGGUGGGGUAACCCAGGUCACAAAUGCCAGAACAAAGGCCUCUCCUAAUACCACACAGGAUAUUUUGCUAGAACGUAACGUUGUGUUACCCAUUGUCAGCCAGAUGGCUUGUGUUGUACAAAAAAUGACUUCUUUCAACACCACACAGGACGUUGUGUCAGAUCCUGAGGAUGUCCCUUGCACCCAGAAAGCUGACACUGUGCCAAAGAUGAUUUGCAGCAAUACCACGCAGGAUAUUGUUCUAGAGUCGGAGACCACUGACAUGCAGGUGAUGGAUGUUAUGCCAAAAGUUACUUCCAUCAACACCACACAAGAUGUUGUAUUAGAGCCUGUAGCCAUUAUAGCCACUCUGAUAACUGAUGUUACAACAUUUUCUUCCAGCAACACUACACAAGAGAUUUUACCUGAAGUAAAUACUGUUGGUGAUUCCAAGUUGACUAAUGCAAUGCUAAAUGUGUCUUCCAGCAACACUACAAAUUAUAUUGAUCCAGCCAUGUCAAAAAUGUGUUCUGAAAGCCUCAUUAAGGAUAACGAGCCAACGCCUAAUGUUAUGGCCGUGGAGGCCGUUUCCAAGCUCUCUGCCAUCACAACACCGGAAACAACAAUCGUUGAUGAAAAGGUCAGCACUUCCAAUACAACCGUUUCUAAUGAUGUGAAGGAUCCAUCGGUCAGCCUUGCAGCUGAUACGCCUCAAGAGACCAUAGGAGAGGCACCCAUAAUGUCUCAGAAUGUUCCUCCUUCUCCCAGAGAUGGCUCUGUCAAUACAACUCUGGAUUCUUCGGCUCUACCGUCUGUUGAUAAGAUCAAGAAUAUGGGGGGCACUAUAUUAAAAGACCAGAGGACACUUAGUCCUGUUUGUAAUUCUGACCUCACACGGGACACUGUUUUGCCUGAAGUGUCCCCACAAGUCCAAGUGCCAGUACCAGGCGUUGCACAGGUUUCACAAGAAUCCAUUUCAAUGGUUGGCACAUUAACGGAGGACAAGGAAGAAAGUUCCAAAAUUGAAGCAGUGUGUGAGAUUGCCAAUAAGAUAUCUGAAGCAACCAGCCAUGAAAGUAGCAAACUAAGUUGCCAUGAGCCUACAGGGGACAUGGGGGAAAUGGAGCCGUGCGAAGUGGCCCAGGAAGCACACGAUGAGAGUGUCUUUUCUGUUAGCUCACUCUCUUUUGUUACUUCAACACCUCUUCCAGGCUUGAAUAAUUUCCAGUUUAAGAAAUCAAGCCAAGAUUCCAUGCAGCAUGACCCCAAUUUAUCAGUCUGCUCCGUGGUGGACGAAUCGGCAAAUAAAGCAUCUGAGGAGGAAAAAGAGAAAAGCCUUCAGGGUGGCACCAGUUCAGUGAGAGCAACUGCUCCUGUCUCUCAGCUUCCAUGUAACAAACGGAAAAGUUUCCUCCAACAACCAAGGGCAUUACAGUCUGGAACUGGAGUCCCAACAUCUGGUAUACCAUCUGCCCGGAGAUCUCUGGCUCUAUCAGCUGCCUCUGUGCCUCCAAAACUGACAAAGGAGCAAGUGCUACCCCAAAUUCCUCCAAGGGGAACUGGAAUACCUGCUAGAGGAAGUAUUCGGCCUCCACUAACUCGCAGCAGCCAUGUGAGAACCAGUGUUGGUAAUGCCAAACCAAGCAUUGCAAGUUCAGCUGCAAACACCUCUCAGAACAGAACUAUUGGUGGCCGAUUCCGCACUCCCAGAGCUGCAGCUGCAAAGGCAAGACCUAGCUUAACACAUGCUCAGAUAACAAACAAUGCCUCCGUGAUCAGACCACCCUCUCGACUGAUCGCUCCGAGCAGUGCCCAAGUCCCAAAGGAUGCUAUGUGUGCUCCUACGGCCUCUGUACGCCCAGCUGCUCCAUCUGGAGCUCAGACUUUUGGUCUUCUCAGACAUGCACCUUCAUCUGUACGUCCCCCUAUUCCACUGCAGAGGACAGGUUUAGCCAUGAAGAAACCUCAAAGAGACACUUCACUUUCAGCAAAGAACGACAGCCUUUCUGCAACCAGAAAUGUACAGGUGGAGGUGUCCUGUGUCUCUGGUGAACCUGCUAGGUCUCAAGGAACAGAUAAGCCAAAGGAUACUGUGGCUACAGUUUCAGAAAUUGUAUCUCCAUCUGAAGCUCCAGAAUGCCUACACUUACAGACGUGUCCUUGUUGCCGUAUUAAGUACCAAGAACUUCUGCAAAAGAUUGAAGAGUUAAGGAAUCACCUUGGUGAGAAUGUCAGACAAUGAACCCAGAAGCUGCAGCAACCAAGGACCAUAAACCGUUUCUGAAACUCUCCUCGUGGGAGUGAAAAUAUGAUUCCAUAGAAAGGUGCUUCCUUUUACUGUUACAAGCAGGGGUUUAACACAAAAAAAUGUUAAAGGGGGGAAAUGUAUUUGAAAUCUUAUAAAUAUAUUUAGAGUAAAGAACAAGAAUCUUUUAUAUUGCUGCCUUCUCUCCAGCUCUUGCCUGGCAUGAUUGCUGUAUUAUGUUUGUUUUAUAUGUUAUUGUAAUAUAUAUCUGUGAAUAAUAAACACAAAGCCUUUACCACUUG